ACCUGCUCAUUUCUGCAGAAACGUGGCCGUGGAGUCUUCGAAGCUCUUCACUAGGAGAGUAGAUGCUCACUGAGGACCACCCAGUCGCACCGGAGACAAAACGCAGCAAUGGAGGAGUUAAUAGUGGAACUUCGCCUCUUUCUUGAACUCCUGGACCACGAAUACCUAACAUCCACGGUCAGGGAGAAGAAGGCCGUGAUCGCAGACAUCCUGCUCAGGAUACAGGCCUCCAGAGGUUCUGAAGUGAGAGACCACGUUCCGAAGCAGGAGACCCCCAGCAGCCUGCCGGCCCCUCCCCAGAUGCCUCUGCCGGAGAUCCCGCAGCCCUGGCUGCCCCCCGACAGCGGGCCGCCCCCGCUGCCCACGUCCUCGCUCCCAGAGGGUUAUUAUGAGGAGGCCGUGCCGCUGAGUCCUGGGAAAGCUCCGGAAUACAUCACGUCAAAUUAUGACUCGGAUGCGAUGAGUAGCUCUUACGAAUCGUAUGAUGAGGAGGAGGAGGAUGGCAAGGGGAAGAAGACGCGCCACCAGUGGCCCUCGGAGGAGGCCUCCAUGGACCUGGUGAAGGACGCCAAGAUCUGUGCCUUCCUGCUGCGCAAGAAGCGCUUCGGACAGUGGACCAAGUUGCUCUGCGUCAUCAAAGACACCAAACUACUGUGCUACAAGAGCUCCAAGGACCAGCAGCCGCAGAUGGAGCUGCCCCUCCCGGGCUGCAGCAUCGCCUACGUCCCGAAGGACGGCAAGAAGAAGCAGCACGAGCUGAAGAUCACGCAGCAGGGCACCGACCCCCUGGUCCUCGCGGUGCAGAGCCGGGAGCAGGCCGAGCAGUGGCUGAAGGUGAUCCGAGAGGUCUACAGCGGCUGCAGUGGGCCCGUGGACGCCGAGUGUCCCCCGCCGCCAGGCUCCCCGGUGCACAAGGCAGAGCUGGAGAAGAAACUGUCCUUGGAGAGACCAAGCUCAGACGGGGAGGGUGUCAUGGAGAAUGGAGUCGCCGUGUGUAACGGGAAAGAACAAGUCAAGAGGAAAAAAAGUUCCAAAUCAGAGGGCAAGGGGACUGUAUCUAAAGUCACUGGGAAGAAAAUCACCAAGAUCAUCGGUUUAGGAAAGAAAAAGCCGUCGACCGACGAGCAGACCUCCUCCGCCGAGGAGGACGUGCCCACCUGCGGCCACCUGAACGUGCUCUCCAACAACCGCUGGCGGGAGCGCUGGUGCAGGGUCAAGGACAACAAGCUCAUCCUGCACAAGGACAGGACCGACCUGAAGACCCACCUCGUGUCCAUCCCUCUCCGUGGCUGCGAGGUGAUCCCCGGGCUGGACUCCAGGCACCCGCUGACCUUCCGGCUGCUCCGCAACGGGCAGGAGGUGGCCGUGCUGGAGGCGGCGUCCUCGGAAGACAUGGGCCAGUGGAUCGGAGUCCUGCUGGCGGAGACGGGGUCCUCCACAGACCCCGGUGCCCUGCACUACGACUACAUCGACGUGGAGAUGUCGGCCAACAUCAUCCAGACGGCCAAGCAGACCUUCUGCUUCAUGAACAGACGUGUCAUCUCCACCAACCCCUACCUCGGGGGCACCCCCAACGGCUAUGCCCACCCCAGCGGGACGGCGCUGCACUACGAUGACGCUCCCUGCGUGAACGGCUCGUGGGACCCCGACGGCGGCUCGGCCGCUUCCUGCCAUGGAGGCCCGGGAGGAGAGGUGCUGUACGAUAACGCAGCCCUGUACGAUAACUUGCCGUCUCCGAAAAUCUUUGCGCGCUACCCGCCUGCUGACAGGAAGGCUGCUAGGCCGCCUGCCGACACCCUGUCCUGUAACCAUUACAAGCAGCCCACGUCCUGCGGGCUGCCUCCCGCCCCGUCUGUCACUAACACCUCUUCUGUGGGGAGGGCGUCUCUCGGGCUCGGCUCCCAGUUGAAGAGUAAAAAGCCCCCCCUCGCAUCCAGCGGGGCUGCAGGAAAAGGCAAGACCCUGAGCAGCCAGCCCAAGAAGGCCGAGCCGGCCGCCGGCGUGAGGCGCACGCCUUCCAGUGCUGACCAGUACAGAUACGGCAAGAACAGGGUGGAAGCAGAUGCCAGGCGGCUGCAGACCAAGGAAGAGGAGCUGCUGCGGCGGAAGGAAGCCCUGCGAACCAGGCUGGCCCAGCUCCGGAAGGAAAGGAGGGACCUGCGGGCCGCCAUCGAGGCGAACGCUGGCAGGAAGGCGCAGCUGGCCCUGGAGGAGAAGCUGAAGGCGCUGGAGGAGGAGUGCCGGCGGAAGGAGGCGGAGCGCGUCAGCCUGGAGCUGGAGCUCACCGAGGUCACGGAGAGCCAAGCAUCUCUCUGCGCCUCAGUCUCUCUGUCUGUGAGACAGACGUUGGAAGGUGCUCUGAGCACUGGGCAGGGACCACACAGACACCUGGUGUCCUCACUGUGGGUGGCGUACCCCGAGCCCCCUGUUCCUGGUAAAGGCGCCAUCCCUGCUGGGAAACAGCCUCGCCGCCUCUCUCAGUCCCCAGUGCUCAGGCCCCGGACUCUGGAGAACUCCCCGCUGUCCAGCUGCGAGACCAGUGACGCCGAGGGCCCCGUGCCCGUGAACAGCGCCGCCGUCCUGAGGAAGAGCCAGCCGGCCGGCAGCUCUCCCUGCCGGGGGCACGUGCUUCGGAAGGCCAAGGAGUGGGAGCUGAAGAACGGGACGUAGGAGAGCGGACGUCACGAGAGGCCGCGGCUCCAGCAGGCCCGCCGUGCCCGGACCUGGCGUAUGUUUCUACUGUAUGACGUGCCCUGUAAGGAGAUGUGCCCGGGCCGCUUGGCUCCCACGUGGUCUCUUCAGGCGGCCGGGGUGAGAGGUGAUGGAACACAGUCCUCCG